AUGGGAGAUUCUGUUUCAGUCGUCUUAAAAGUUGUCUCAUUGAUCACUCUUCUUCUCUGUCUCGGAGCAGCCAUCUUUCAUCUCGUCGCUCUCAUCAUGUAUGGCCAAAAACUUCAAGACAAUGCUCCCACUGAGACCUAUCUAGCACUCUCUUUCACCACUGUCUCUUCCUUCGUGUUGUCUCUUCUUUCCUUGUAUCAUGUCUUGUCUCUCAUGAUUUCCUCUCUCCGAAAAUACUCUCGAUGGAAUGGAGCCUUAUGGAUAAUGUACAUGAUCAUGGGAGGACUCACUCUCGGAUGCGGAAUGGUGGAAUGUACCAUCACUGGAAUGGCUUAUCGAUUGGAAAACAAGUUGGGAAUGAAGGAUGAGUUGGUGGAGAGUUUAUUUGCUUCGGGAAUUGUGGUGAGUGGAGUGGCAGUGAUUUCCUUGUUGGAUUCUUUUGUGUUGCCAGUGGUGGUGUUUAAUAGAGGAAAGGCAUUGCAAGGAUCGUUUGGAGAGAGAAUGAGAUUGUUGUAA